CCUGACCGAAAGUAGUGUGUGUUUGCAGGUGCGCGGGGAGAGUUGUACUCAUCUGCUUCGAGUGGAGUUUGAACUCGGGUCUAUAUUUCAACACUUCCAGGGUGUGCGGACUGAGCUAGGCCAGUCGGCCCGGGUGUGGGGAGACUACUAGAUAAGGACCAUAUGUCAGCACCCACUGUGAUGUAUGGACUCCUCAUGAGGAGUAUUCUUGAGGACCCUACAAGAUACCUGCAGCAGGUGUGGGGGAGCUAUGUUGGCUAUUCUGAGGCAAUUUCGGAGGCAUCUCCUCACUCGGAAUUCGCCUGGGAAUAGGCAAAAUAACAUGCUCCAAUCCUGUGGAGAUGCCUCCGAAUCGCCUAGUCCUCUUGAGCAUGCUGAAGUACAGUGGUGGACUCCUAUUGGGGGGGUCCUGAAUGCAGUUUCGUGGGCUUUUGGCCAGCUACAACGUUGAAGGAGGAGGAGAGAAGAACAAGGAGGAAGAGUACGAGGAGGAGGAGGAAGAAGAGGAAGAUCAAGAAAGGAGGAAGAAGAUGAUGAAAAGAGGAGGAGGAGGAGAAGGAGAGAAGAACAAAGGGGGAGGAGGAGGAGGAGGAGGAGAGAAGAAGAAGAAGACGAGCGGAGGCGGAGGAGGAGAGAAGGACAUGAUGAAAGGAGUAGGAGUAGGAGGAGGAGGAGGAGGAGGAGGAGGAGAGAAGAAAAAGGAGGGCAAGACGAAAGGAGGAGGAGGAGGAGGAGAGAAGAAAAAGAAGACGAGAGGAGGAGGAGGAGGAGGAGGAGGACAGAAGGAGAAGACGAAAGUAGGUGGAGGAGGAGAGAAGAAGACGAGAGGAGGAGUAGAGAAGAAAAAGGAGAUGAGGAGGAGGAGGAGGAGAAGGAGAAUACGAAAGAGGAGGAGAAAGGAGGAGGAGGAGGAGGAGAAGAGAAGAAGACGAAAGGAGGAGGAGGAGGAGAAGAAGAAGAGGAGGAAAGGAGUAGGAGCCGAGAAGAAGAAGACGAAAGGAGGAGGGGAAGAAGAAGAAGAAGAGGAAGGAGGAGGUGCAGGCGGCUUCACCCCGAUGGCGCUAGCAGCUUCACGGGCAGCGACGAUGUGGAUUGGUUCUUGUCGGGGCAGCUCGACUGGGAGCGACAAUGGCAGCUCGACGAGGAGGAGCAGCGACAACGACGGGCUUGGAGACGGCAGCUACGAUGGGCGGGCUUCGUGACGGCAGCUUCGCAGUGGAGGAUACCACGUUCGAAUUCGAUCCCGGCGUGGUAGGCCAGCAUGGGGGGAAACGAGGUCGUUUCUUGCGGCUGAUCGCAGCCGCCGGUCUUCGCAGGUCGGGUGCUGAGAUCAGUCGCCAAAGAAGCCCUUCCCCCGGCCUCACUUGGGCCUGAGUUCGAAACAAAAUGUUUCAGAGUGU